AUGAGCUCGUCACAGCUCUCUGAUCCGGAAUGGGCUCAACUCAAACGGCAGCUCCAGCAAUCCCUCGUCGAGCUCGAUCGGGAGGCGCAUGAGCGAGGUUGGGUGGUGGCGGCCGAGCCACCGCGUGGUGCGGCGCCGACCGAGGCAGACGCAGGGAAGUGCCUCGCGGCGGCGGUGACAGGCGGGGCGGCGGCGCGGGCGGAUCAAGAAGAGGAGGUCGAGCCGCGGGGCUGUGCGGCGCCGAUCGAGGCCGACAAUGUUCUGCAGACAAUGUUCGAGAUCUUGAGGCAUCACCAGUACUUUAUAAAGGCCCCGAAGUGUGCUUUUGGGGUGCAGAAGGCGGACUACCUGGGGCACAUUGUCACUCCACAAGGUGUUCAGGUGGAUAAGUCCAAGAUAUAG